UAUACACACAUAUUAACUGUCAAUUGCUGUCGUGACGCCAUUUUCGCGUCAUUUUAUAUUUAUUCCAUCUUUUUACACAAUUUUAUCAUCAAUUUAGACGAAAGCGUGAAUUUUAAAUUUAACAGAGGACAAUGUCGCAACGUUUUCCGCCUGCUGCCGGUGCAUCUGGGCCAGGAACGCCGCAACGAUACCAGUCGCCUCAACCGCGUCCGUAUUCAUCGGGUCCGUCCGGUGGACCUCCUUUUCCACAGCAACAGCGUGGCUUUACGCCGCCACCAAUGGGAUCGGGACCUCGUCCAACUGAUGGCCCACCGGGAAUGCAUCAGCGUCCACAACCACCGUUCGGUAACAUGCGUGGCAAUUCAAUGCCGAGUACACCAUCGGGAAAGCGUCCACAAGAUUCUCGGGGAUCGAUCAGUUCUGUGCCGCCGAAAAGCGAAUACUCGGCGAAGAAAAAGAAGAAAUUGGCAGACAAAAUUUUGCCACAGAAAGUGCGUGAUUUAGUGCCAGAAUCUCAGGCAUAUAUGGACCUCUUGGCCUUUGAACGGAAACUGGACGCAACGAUUAUGCGAAAACGUUUAGACAUUCAAGAAGCCUUGAAGCGACCAAUGAAACAGAAACGUAAAUUGCGUAUUUUCAUCUCAAACACUUUCUAUCCGAGCAAGGAGCCGGCAGAAGGAACUGAUGCAGCAGCAGAAGGUACUGUUGCUUCCUGGGAGUUGCGUGUCGAAGGGCGUUUACUCGAAGAUACUAAAAGUGAUCCAAACAAAAUCAAGAGGAAGUUCUCCAGUUUCUUCAAAUCGCUGGUCAUUGAAUUGGAUAAGGACUUGUAUGGCCCGGACAAUCAUUUAGUCGAAUGGCAUCGUACACAUACUACGCAAGAAACGGAUGGAUUUCAGGUGAAACGACCUGGCGACCGCAACGUUCGUUGUACGAUAUUGUUAUUGCUAGACUAUCAGCCGCUGCAAUUCAAAUUGGAUCCUCGUUUAGCUAGGCUGCUCGGCGUGCAUACGCAAACCAGACCGGUAAUCAUUUCAGCGUUGUGGCAAUACAUAAAAACGCAUAAAUUACAAGACGCACACGAACGGGAGUACAUCAAUUGCGACAAAUAUUUGGAGCAGAUAUUCGGUUGUCCUCGAAUGAAAUUUGCAGAAAUUCCACAGCGCUUAAAUCCUCUGCUGCAUCCACCGGAUCCAAUCGUUAUCAAUCACAUAAUUUCGGUGGAAGGUGGUGCCGAGAGUAAGCAAACGGCUUGUUAUGACAUUGAUGUCGAGGUGGAUGAUACGCUGAAGAAUCAAAUGAACAAUUUCCUGUUGAGCACUGCUAGUCAACAGGAGAUCCAAGGUUUGGACUCGAAAAUCCACGAAACGGUCGAUACUAUCAAUCAGUUGAAAACGAACCGGGAAUUCUUUUUGAGUUUUGCCAAGGAACCACAAACAUUCAUUCAUCGGUGGAUUGUCAGCCAGACCAGGGAUUUGAAGACAAUGACGGAUGUGGUCGGGAAUCCGGAGGAAGAACGUCGAGCCGAAUUCUACUAUCAGCCAUGGACACAGGAAGCCGUUUCGCGAUAUUUCUUUACGAAAGUCAACCAAAAACGAGCUGAAUUAGAGCAAGCUCUGGGUAUACGAAACUCUUAAUCCUUCUUUUCUGGGUUGUUGUGCAUAGAACCAUAAGUUGAAAUUAAUUUUACAAUAAAAUGAUCUUCGAAUUCA